GCUGUUAGGAAGGUCGCGGGUUCGAGGGGCCAAGCCAGAGAGGGACGCGGACUCCGCCACGCCCUUGGCCGGUUAAGGAGAGGCCGCCCUGGCCAGGCGGCACGCCAGCUGUGGCGCCCGCGCCGGCCGGAAGGGGUGCAUUGUCGUCCUGUCCUGCUGCUGAAUGUCGGUCCCAGAGGAUGAGGAGAGGCUUUUGCCGCUCGUCCAGAGAUGGCCCCGAGCGAGCAACUUCGUACUGUCGGGCUGCGCGGCCACCGUGGCCGAGCUAGCAACCUUUCCCCUCGAUCUCACAAAAACUCGACUCCAAAUGCAAGGAGAAGCUGCCCUUGCUCGGCUGGGAGACAGCGCAAGAGAAGCUACUCCCUACAGGGGCAUGGUGCGCACAGCCCUCGGGAUUGUCCAAGAGGAAGGCUUUCUAAGGCUUUGGCAAGGAGUGACACCUGCCAUUUACAGACACGUAGUGUACUCUGGAGGUCGAAUGGUCACAUAUGAACAUCUCCGUGAAGUUGUGUUUCGCAAAAAUGAAGAUCAGCAUUAUCCCCUUUGGAAAUCAGUGAUUGGAGGGAUGUUUGCUGGUGUGGUUGGCCAGUUUUUAGCCAACCCAACAGAUCUAGUGAAGGUUCAGAUGCAAAUGGAAGGAAAAAGGAAACUCGAAGGAAAACCACUGCGUGCGACUCAGAAAGUAUUUCGUGGUGUGCAUCAUGCAUUUGCAAAAAUCUUAGCUGAAGGAGGAAUACGUGGGCUUUGGGCAGGCUGGGUACCCAAUGUACAAAGAGCAGCGCUGGUGAAUAUGGGAGAUUUAACCACGUAUGAUACAGUGAAACACUACUUGGUAUUGAAUACAACACUUGAGGACAAUAUCAUGACUCACAGUUUAUCUAGUUUCUGUUCUGGACUGGUAGCUUCUAUUCUGGGAACACCAGCUGAUGUCAUCAAAAGCCGAAUAAUGAAUCAACCACGAGAUAAGCAAGGAAGGGGACUUUUGUAUAAGUCAUCCACUGACUGCUUGAUUCAGGCUGUCCAAGGAGAAGGGUUCAUGAGUCUGUAUAAAGGCUUUCUACCAUCUUGGCUGCGAAUGACCCCUUGGUCACUGGUGUUCUGGCUUACUUACGAAAAAAUCAGAGAGAUGAGUGGAGUCAAUCCAUUUUAAGCCCUUAAAGAGACAGUGUUCAGUAUCAGUGAAAUAUGGGCAUCUGCAACACCCCCCUAUUAUUUCUACCUCGUUAGGAAGACACCUUCCACUGCAGAGACUGUGAUUUAUAGGGGACAGCACUUUGUUUUUCUCUGGAAGCCCGAGUUCUCUUUGACUCCUCUUUGUUCAGAAGCAAUCUGCGUGGAUAACAGGCCACCAGUGGACCCAGCAGAGCACUUUCUAAAGACGAAUGCAAGCCUGACCACCUCCCUUGGGAGAUCUGACCUUUGAGACAUUGUUCUGUGCUGAAGAGAAUAACAGGAGAAGUGCCAGUGGGAGACAGCAGCUCAGAUCUGGAGUAGACAAUAGGGAUGGGGAAGAAUACACACAUACAUAGUGAUGAAGAAAUAUAUUUAACCCGUUAUGUCAGUAUUUCCAAUUGACACUUGAUAAUUCACUUUCCUGUUGUUGUUAACGUGCACAUACUGUACAUUACAUAGAGGUGGAUGAAAAUUCAUGAAUAAAUACUUUGAAUUUC